AAACUCAACGAGGAAAGACGGAAAGAGAGAAGUUCGUGGAUCUGUAAAGUAUUAAAUAGUGGCCGGGCAAAGAGAAGUGUUUUGUGGCAAAUCAUGGCAAAAACAUACGAUUAUUUAUUUAAGUUGUUACUUAUUGGUGAUUCUGGAGUAGGAAAAACAUGUGUAUUAUUUCGUUUUUCUGAAGAUGCUUUCAAUACAACAUUUAUUUCGACUAUAGGUAUUGACUUUAAAAUAAGGACGAUAGACCUUGAUGGUAAAAAAAUUAAACUUCAAAUAUGGGAUACAGCUGGACAGGAGAGAUUUAGGACUAUUACGACGGCAUACUAUAGAGGUGCAAUGGGUAUUAUGUUAGUUUAUGACAUUACCAAUGAAAAAAGUUUUGAAAAUAUAAAGAAUUGGAUAAGAAACAUUGAGGAAAAUGCCUCUGCGGAUGUGGAGAAAAUGUUACUGGGCAACAAAUGUGAACUUGAAGAAAAACGACAGGUGUCUAAGGAGAGAGGUGAACAGCUUGCUAUCGAAUAUGGUAUUAAAUUUAUAGAAACUAGUGCUAAAGCCAGUAUUCGCGUAGAGGAAGCAUUUUUCACCUUAGCUAGAGAUAUUAAAGCGAAGAUGGAAAAGAAAUUGAAGGAAGCAAGUAAUCCGCCCAAAGGUGGGCACCAGCUGCGAGCUUCAGAGCCACAGAAGAAACCCACCAGUUGGUUAUCCAGAUGCACUAUACUCUGACCAAUUGCUGCCGUAGUCUAACAACCACCCUUACAGAUAUUCACAUCACUCCAAACGAGUUUUCUUUUUUAGAAAAACCGCUGUCGUGAUUGCAACGUUGGGUUGUUGAAAAAAACUAUUGUGAUGUGAAUGAACCAUCGAUUUCUUUUGACAUGCCCUUUUAUAGGUUGUAAUUUUUUAAAGGAGCAGCGAGAAACACUUGUCGACUGUAGAAUUUCAAUCAUAUCAGUUGAUAUUUAUUACAGUUAUUUAUUGUUAAUUUUUCUAUGGUUUAAUGUUAGUUAAAAAAAAAAUGUAAAAGGGCGCGUCAUUUUAUUUGAUAAUACUUAUGUGAUUAAGGGUAAUUAAAUUUGUUUACCGAUGUAUUUAUAGGUAUAUUUAUAUGUGUGCACAUUUUUAUAGACUUGUACUGAUUAAUAGAGAUUAUUAUUUAAAUCCAAUUACAUUGGGCUAAAUUUUUAAAGACAUGUUUAGUAAAUUUUUUGACCAAAACAUUUUUUUAAUUUGUUUUUGUAAAUAAAAUACCAUUACCGACACAUCUUCAACAUUGAUCGGUUAAACUUUGUAACAACUGUCAAUAAGUUUUUAUUUUGGUUGUUAGGGCACUAAUUAGAAACACCGGCAUACCUGAUUAAUAAUCCCAUUAAUAAUUAAAGUAAUACAUAUUUUAUUUUGGUUUCGUUUAUAUGAAAAUUUCUGAGAUAUAGAUUUUAUACAUUUAUAUAUUUACAUGAACACGACACAAACUGAUUAAAAUUUUAUUGCCCUUCUAGUUUAUAGUUUCACGCUAUGUGUAAAUAAAUUUAUGGAAAUUUUAUA